GUUGGCCGAUUUCCAAGCUGCUGCGACUUCUCAUUUCGCGUCCGGCGCAGCUUCGGUUGUCCGAAUCGAAGCCCGGGAAUGUUGGUUUAAGAUGAUUGAUGCCCGCUUCAUUAUUCGAAAGGUGUGUGACACAAAAGGGGAAUGAAUUAUUAUAAUAUACGUACUGGUCAUCGCGGCGGGUCCAGCGUGCAGCAUCCACCAAUUUAUCUGUCUCCCCCAGUCCUCCCCGAAGGUGCUGGCUGUGUAAGCAAGCGUUGACGAACAAUGUAACAGCGGCAGCAGUUAUAUUCCAACAUAAUCAUUCAAUAAGGCCUCGCGAACUAUAAUGAAUACGCCAUAAUCCAGAGCACACGGGGCAAAAAAGAAGAGAACACAGAUCAAAUAAUCUCGGCGCACACAUAAUGAAAAAUUACACAUUCAGAGGCGCAUGACGACGAUGAUGAUGCAUUGCAAAAGAAGGAUAUUUGCUCGUCGCGUCUAUUCAUGCCGAUUUGAGAACAGCGUCAAACCUUUUUGCCCGUCUCGCACUGGCACUCUUCGCUCUCGCAGUUCUUCCUUUGACACGGUGGCAGUAAUAACAAAAAUAAUAAUGAUUUCUCCCAGCGCACCGCCUCUCGUUUUAUUUAUUUAUUGAAAUGAAUCCUUUCAGCUCCUAUUAACAAACAAAACGUGUGGAUUUAUAUUUUGUAUCUUCUCUCUUCUACGACGGGGGGCAUGCAGCUUUCGGUCAUAAUGACAACACUCUGCAAAAUGAUUACAAACGGUGGGGCCAUUGAUUAAAUGCAAGAAUAACAUGAAUGCGCUGGAUAAUAUUCGGCAGAGAUCCAGUUUUGUUUAUGUUGCCGGUGAAUGCCUGACGACGACUUCUAUGCGCAUUAUCAUUGCUCAAAGCUCCAGCCCGAAUAAAAAGUUUGUCUUUCUCCCCAAAAUAAUAAUGUCAGCGGCAUUAUCAUGCAUAUCAGACAACAUUGUAUUGAGGGUCAAAACCAUCAAAAAAUUAUUUCCGUAGCGAGCGCGUCACCUUUUAUCUUUCUGGUGUGACAAGAUCUCAACCCCUCAUGGGAGCAGCGAAGGGGUACUGGCCGCUGAUAAUUUAUUCCGCGCUGGACCAUCUCCAUGCAUCCUCCAGACAUCUCGCCUCUUUCAUUGUGCGCACGCAAUGAUCGCUCGGAGAGACUUGUAUUGUGGUGGACGGAACGCAUGGAGCCGGCCGGCCAACUGUUUUUUAGUCUUCGUCCGAGUACUCUCGCACAAACAGCUAAGGGCACUCGCCCGUGCACACGCUAAUUAUGCCGCCGCUCUCAAACGUAACUGCGCUCGCUCCGGAGGGGUCAACUGAAAUUUCGGAGUAGCACAAUGUCGUCGAAACGCAAAUCGCCCCCGACCAAGCUGCACGAGGGCGGCGCCCCUCAGGAUUACUCGGCCGCGUCCGCCGGAAACGGAGAAGUUGGCCACUCGCCUGCCCGCGAGAACGGCGAUGUGGCGGCGACCGGCGCCGACGACAGCGGCGACGAGGUCGCGUCCGCGCCGCCGGCCUCGUUCGGCGAGGACAAGUCGCCUCACAGCAGCGGGCCCGAGGAAGAGGACGAAGACGAGGAAGAAGAGCACGAGCUGCGCGCCAAAAAGCAGCGUCUGCAGUACGACACCGAGCUGAAGGGGCUGAACAAUAACUCGUCCAGCCUCAACCACAACAGUUUGCUGCCCAAGCGGACUAUGGAUGAUGUCCUGAAGCGACUCACCUCUAAAAUGAACCACAGCACCAUCAAAGAGGAGAACAAGAGGCCCACCCCCGCCACGACUCCCAAGUCGGCGAGCGAGUCUGACGUGGAUCCAGGCACAGCCCUGCAGCACGCCCUGACCGGCGGGGAGACCUUCGUCGAGAAAGAGCGUCGCCUCUCCGAGAUGAUCUUGCAGCUGCAGAUGGUCAGGGACCAGCUUCUCAUCCAGCAGGAACAUCAGAGCAAGGCAUACGCCAACCACUUGACGACAGAAACGCAGAAACAGAUGGAGUUGCAACGAAUGCAGCAUGAGCAGCUCAAAAGGCAACAGGACCACAUUCUCCAGCAGCAGCACAAAAUUCAGGAAUUGCAGAGCCAAAUCUCAACUCAUUACGGAGGUGCCAAGAACGCAGCAUCCAUGGCCGCGAUCCCCAACCAACUCAUGUUUCUGCCCUUUUUGGAGCAGCUCCGCGCCAUGCCACCCUCAGGCAACCCUGCUCUCUCGCCAGCCUCCAUGGCCAAAUCUUCAGCAGGAAACCAGAUGAUGGCUCCUGUGGUGCCUGGCUGGGCCACCCCUAUGCUGCCUCCAGCGGAAAAGGCCUCCCCUCCGCCACCCCAGCCGCCUCCAGCCCCGGCACCUGACGUCGACACACCUCUAAACCUGUCAAAGCCCAAAGGCAGCUCUCCUUCGCCGGUGGCUACAGCUGGAGAACAACCUGUUCCAGCAACUGCCCCCAAACUCCUGCCCCACGGUCUGGUCAUGCCGAGGCCCUUCCUGCCCUACGCUGCUGGACUGCCACCCCAUCUCAACCACCUCCCUCCCACAGAAGCUGAUCAGCAGAGGCGCCCUUGGAUGACCAACAAAAUGAGUCUCAGUCCUGUGCCCAAAGAGGAAAAGGGAUUUCCCCUACAUAUGUAUCUACCCAUGCCGCAGAAAGAAGAUAACAAAAAAGAAGUAGAAUCUGACUUCUUUGCUAAUCAAAUGUGGGGAUCAGAUGCCGGCUUCAAAGUUGACGAAUCUUCAGAAAAAGCAAAAAUUGUGCGCUCACAAAAGCGGGACGGCGAGGGCAAGCCGCAUAUCAAGAGGCCGAUGAAUGCGUUCAUGGUAUGGGCCAAGGACGAGAGGAGAAAAAUUCUCAAGGCCUGCCCUGACAUGCACAAUUCCAACAUUUCCAAAAUUCUUGGUGCUCGGUGGAAGUCAAUGUCAAACGCGGAGAAGCAACCCUACUACGAAGAGCAGUCGCGGCUCUCUAAACUGCACAUGGAGAAGCACCCUGACUACCGGUACAGGCCGCGUCCCAAGCGCACUUGCAUCGUCGACGGCAAAAAGAUGCGCAUUUCCGAGUACAAAUCGCUGAUGCGGCAAAGGCGGCAGGAGAUGAGGCAGCUGUGGUGCCGCGACGGCACUAUGGGUGAGAUGCCCUCCUUUCUGGCGCCGGGCGCGGACAUGCCGUCCUCCUCGACGGCCCUGAUGGGCCCUGCGAGCGCCGCCAGCGCGGCCAGCUCCGGCUCCGAGUCGGGCCAGUCGACCUCCGGCAUGCCCAGGGGCCAGACCUUCCCGUACUAUUCGGACAGCCUGUCGCCAAGUGACGUGCUCAGUUUCUCGCCGGAGAAUGUCGGCCCCUACGACUCCAGUCCAAGGCCCAAAGACGAGGACUGAUUGGCAAGAAACUUCUUCUGAAGGUUUUGAUACGCUGCAUCCCAAGAGAAGGAGUUUUUGCCGUGAACAGCGGAGAUCGUGGCGGACUUUGUGGAAUCAAAAAAGUUGGUUAUCGUUGAGACUCUCGCAGAUUUCAGAGAGCGCGUUCUUCUUUUGAAUAUUUGAGACGUCAACACGGUCAAGAUUUUUUUCAAAGGAAGUGCGAAGGCUGGUUUUAAGCUAUGUAAUGAUGUGACUUUGGCAUUUAAAAAUGCCAUUUUCAAAAUGUAUUUGGUUUAGUCUUGAGGAAAAGUUCCUUUCUCUGUAGAGGUUUAGAAGUCGAAUUUGAUUAAUCGAGCCAGCUGCUUCCUUUAGGAAUUGGAAUUUUUUAUGAAAAAAAUCAACAAAUAUGUACUUAUAUCAUUGUAGAUAAAAAUAUGGUUGUUAAUUAAGUUUAGGAUUUUUGUGAAUUAAGUUUUUUUGCACAAUUAUGGAAUUGAAAGAAUACUUAUUCAAAUUCUAUCUGGACCAUGGGCCUAUGUCAUAAGGCCCCCCUGGACCUUAUUUUUAUUUUUCGUGUCUGAAAACUUGUGGAUCUCAGUACAGAAUCUGCAUCAAGGUCAGUCGCUGGCGCAUCUCUUGAUUUGUAUGAAUCAAAGCUGUCCAUACAAACUCACUUCUUCCAAUCUCAAGUGACACCCAGGACAAUUUUUCAAGAGAUAAAUUUUUUGAUGCGCCAAAAAGAAAACAUCAUGUUGAAUAAGAAGUUAUCGUUGCCGUUUUCAGUGCAACACCUAAUUUAAUUACUGAUGUGAUAUAUUUUUAAUUUUCGGGGUUGGGCGGAGGUGACGCAUCAUAUGGUGGGGAUUAUUAAAAUAUUCAAACAACUAACUAACCGGUUCAAAGGACUCUAGAUUAUGAAUAACUUUGGCAUUUCUUUUGAGAAUCUCUCCCGCGAGGCAGAAGGAACAUUUUUGCAACCCUCAAAACCCAAAUUUCAACACAGAACACAAACAUAGAAAUAAACAAUAUCAAACCUAAUAACGUAUUUCUGAGGAUCACUGAAAGUGUAUGGUGGAUUGAUUUAUGCAAUAAACCAAUAUCCAAGAUGAGUGUCACUCUUUCACCUUAAAUGUGUAAAAUUACUAGCGAUAGGAGAUAUAUGAGAAAUAUUAUCAUGUUGCAUCAGAUUGCGUGAAUGGAACAAACACAAUGUAAAGUGCAUUUCAUUUUGAUAAAUUAAUUUAUUGCCGUAGCUUAGCGGAAAAUUGAAUAUUCCUCUGUGGUCCAAUGAAUAACUUUUUAUUGAUGAAUCUGUUGAAUUGAAAGGGCGAACAGUUUCCCCUACGGCGAGAUCAUUUUAAAGAUAUUGCGUUCACGUCGUGUUUUAUUUGUGCUCAAUGCUUGCAGUGCCAAAAAAGGUUAAAUUUUUGUUGCAUAAUAUAAGACUUAAUUAUUACCAGUAACAAUCCUGGCGCGACACCAGACGUGAAUUAUUGUUUGCCAUAAUUCAGUUAAAAUCACAUAUUUCACAUACAACUGUUGGAUAAAAUUGUCAUAGGCCAGUUCCUGCGUCCACACCUUUUCAAACUGACAAAAUUGCGGAUGUCAUUUUUCGACAGCACAAUACAAUGGUCACCAACGUGGAAAAUCUCUUAUUUGCUCAUCACAGUGCCAAAAAUAGAUUAAAUAUCCGCGGAAGGGAUGGAUAGGGCACUUUUAUGUAAAUUAAUCCAAAGAAUUUUAUCUUCAUUUUGUGUGUCUGUUUUGCAUGGUUGUUCUAAUGUUAUGACUUGGCAGCUUAACAUCAUAAUAAUCUUGAUAAGUUAUCCUCAUCACACUGAUUGUAACUUCAUGCAUUUCUUUUCGCUCGAAAGGCCCCAAUGUGUAAAGGAGCCACUCUAAGUAAAAGCUGCUUUCAGUGUGAACAAUUAAGCAAACCAAUCAACUGUUAUAAAAUAAAAAUUGAAACAGAAAACUUAAUUGUAGGUAAUAUAUACAGUGCUUAUAAUAAAUUUAAUAUUUAUUCUGUAAUUGUUAGGGACAAGAUAAUAUGUCCGAAAGUGUCAAAAAUAAUUAUGUGUUUCAAAAAGCCUAUAAAAUAUACAAAAACACGUCUAUGUACACCAGUGAAAAUAAUUCAUUGUUUUAUGUACAACUUGUAGAAACGUAAUAAAUAUGGCUUAAAACUUA